AUGCAAGGAAAUGAACAUUCAACCACUCAGGAAUCAUCACAGCAGGUAGUGGAUAAAAGUACUGAUACAAUUACUACAUCCUCUAAUUCUGUAGAUACUCAUGUUGACAAUAGCAACAAUUCCGAAAAUAAUAAGAGAAAGGAACCACCCACUUCAUCAUCCGAUAAUAAUAAUAGUCAAAAGAAUCAUGAUAAAAACAAGAGGAGAAAGGGAAACAAUGGUAAAAAUAAUAACAACCAUAGAGGAAAGAAAGAAGCUACUGAAAAAACAACUGCAAACUCGGAAUGGGGAAAACCGAAUCCUAACAAGGCCAAGAAUGAGAAUGAGGAGAAAUAUCAAAAGAAAAGAGUAGCCUUGUUCAUUGGAUAUCUCGGAACCAAUUACAAUGGCUCACAGACAUCAAAUUUCACAAAUCCAAAUGUUGUCACAGUUGAAGAAACCUUUUUCAAGGCACUGUGUAAAGCAGGCGGAGUUGCAGAACACAAUAGCACAGAUAUGAACAAGGUACAUUUUCACAGAAGCUCGCGUACCGAUAAAGGAGUUCAUGCAGCUUCCAAUGUUCUUGAAAUGAAACUUCUCUUAAAACCAGGCCUAAUUGAGGAAGUGAGAAAACUUCUCCCAGAUGACAUUGUUUUUUAUGGGUUUAAGAGAGUAUCUAAAUCAUUCCAUGCUAAGGAGCACUGCACAGCAAGAACGUACGAAUACUUGUUACCGGCUUUUGCUCUUGCUAAAGACCCUCAUGCUAAAGAAUGGUUUAGAAUGACCAACUUGGAAAAGAUUACUGAUUCAGACAUUGAAAAUCAUGGUUUAUUAGACAUUUAUAAUUAUGAUGCUACAUCUGAAGAGGUAGAAAUGGCAAAUCGUGUGUUGAAAAACUUUAUUGGAACUCAUAGCUAUCAUAAUUAUACUCAAUUGACCAAGGCAAAACCUAAUUCUUUCAACAGGCACAUUACAAGAUUUGAAUGUUCGAAUCCAUUCGAAAUUGCAGGUGUUAAGGUUGUGAAAUUAACAGUAUGCGGCAGCUCAUUCAUUUACAACCAGAUUAGAAAGAUGGUGGGCUUUUUUAUUGGUGUCAUGCGUGGCGUUUUUGAUGAGAAUGAAUUUGACUUGACAGUCGAUAAGGAAAAGACAGUGCCAGUUCCACUUGCCCCUGCCAAUGGCCUCUUGUUGUGUGAGCAAGAAUUUAAAAGAUACAAUUCGAAAGCUGGUUCUCAACUGCACGGCAAUGUCUCAGCUUCUGAUUAUGCCAAUGAAAUGGAGGAAUUCAAAAAGAGAAUUUAUUCACACAUGCUCCAAGUCGAAAAGGAAGAUCAUGCCAUUGGCAAAUUUUUGCUCUAUCUAAGAGGUUGGCUCUUCAUUAAACCAAAAGUCAACGAGACCUCUUCAUCAUCAACUCCUCAGGCCAAUGUAGAAAUGCUCGGAGAAGAGACGGAACAAGUACUAGAUGUUCCUGAAGAAGAUGAAUAA